ACUGCAAAUUAUUCUCUGCGUUCUCUCUCUAGACUAGACUAGAAGUAGCUAACCGAUUUCUGUAUCGCAUAAAUCUUCUCUUUCUCGAUCCUUGCCGCCUGAAUAUCUAAAGAGAUCAGAGAUGGCCGGCCGUGGAAAAACUCUUGGUUCCGGAGCUGCGAAGAAGGCUCAGUCCCGUAGCAGCAAAGCCGGGCUCCAGUUCCCCGUCGGUCGUAUUGCCCGUUUUCUCAAGGCCGGCAAGUACGCCGAGCGUGUCGGAGCCGGUGCUCCCGUCUAUCUCGCCGCCGUUCUCGAAUAUCUUGCCGCUGAGGUUCUGGAAUUGGCCGGGAAUGCAGCUCGGGACAACAAGAAGACGAGGAUUGUGCCUCGGCACAUCCAAUUGGCAGUGAGGAACGACGAGGAGCUGAGCAAACUGCUGGGGGAUGUAACGAUAGCCAACGGCGGUGUUAUGCCCAACAUCCACAACCUUCUGCUCCCAAAGAAGGCCGGCGGGUCAUCAAAGGCCAGCGCCGAUGAGGAUUAGACGGAGAGAGGAGGGGCCUUGGUUGUUGUGUUUUGUGUUAGGUUAGAAUGAGAUGACGUAGUUCCUUUGUUGUUGCUAUAAUUUGUAGCUGUUUUUUUGUUUAUACAAGUGAAUUAAAAUUGAAACUAUUUUCUUUUUAAACCUCUUUAGCAUGAAGCUUUCAAGUUUUUAUCAUU